GAGAGGAAGAGUUUCGUGUUUGUCGCGGCGUUGUCUUCGCAACGAGAGAGAGCAGCUCCCCUUCAUCGCUACCGACACCGCUCCUCCUCGAUCUCUCAAGAUGAUUGAUGAUACGGAUUUGGGCUUCUUCGCCAACUUUUUGGGGGUUACGAUAUUUGUAUUACUGGUAGCCUAUCACUAUGUGGUGGCAGAACCAAAAGUCAAGGCACAAUAGCGCAGCAGGUUUUGCGCCCGGCAUGAAAUAUGAGGGAUCUUUAGUGCAUCCUGUCAAGGAGACCACCAUGUGACGAGAAUCGCGACGCAUUUCAAUGUAGUAGAGCAAUCAUAAUUUGGCAUUAUUGUAAAUGAUUGCGCUUUCAUGAUACAAAGUUUACUGAUUGAAUUGUUUAUCAAAUACAACGUGGUUUCUACUUCAAUUGAAGUACCUGAACGCUAUCAUUUUGUAGCAUUUCUUAGCA